AGUCGGAUACCUCCAGUUGAUACUCUUGGCGUUUUAUAAGAAAUCAAUUCACAAAUCAGAUUUGCAUUUAAUAUCUUAAUAGGUCUUUAAAAGAUUGCCGACCACAAGAAGGCAAGAGUGAAAGUGGGUUGAAAUCUGUUCUAAUAGUCGCAGACUGUCGUACGCUUUUUAAGAGAGGUCCGGCGCCAAGUGUUUCAGUAAAAAACCAGGAAAGUCUAAAGACGGUGUUAGGGAAGGUUCGGAUUCAUUGUGCAUUCUUGGGACAUGACCAGCAAAUGAGACUCUCUAUCUGACUUAAAUAAUGAAUUAAAUUACGUCGGGACAUAAGCCAAAUAAGGUACAAAAGACAACAUCAAACAAACGAUUCUUGAUUCUGCAGCAAAACUCUCUCGGAUUUCUGUCGUGUUCAGAGCAAGACAAUAAUUAUAGAAACAAAAAGACUUUACUAAAGCCAGAAAACUGUACAUUUACGUUUUCCAAAAGGGACUUAUACGGCAAUGCCGACGUGGUUGACCUGGGAGCGGUUGUUGCUGUUGUUUCCGAUGGUGCUACUGUUGCUGUUAACGACGCCCUGCCACACCCGGCCGAGGCGAAGGUUUUGUGAAAAUUACCCGUUUGCUCCGCGAUGUAUGGGGGUAUCAGCGAAAAGAAGUCCAUCAAAAACAGAUAUUUAUUCAACUUUAAUAAACAAAGUGCUGGAAGAGACGUUACACAGGCGGGCGCCGCGUGACUCGCUGGACUCGAGCGCUGAGGCCGUCCUGUAUGGCAGCAAGAAUGCAGCGCUCGAUACCAUAGCAACAUUAUUUGCAAAUUCACGCGUCAAACCAGACACGACAAGGGACAGAUUUGUAGAUUCACGAGAAUGGGGCGAUACCUUUGAUGACUAUGGGAGUGAGAAUGGACUUUAAUACACACUAGUCGUGGAUGUAUCAGUAUUUCCUUUUCUUGAGUAAAUACACAAAACCUUAUUCCUACAGGUGAUGAUGGACACUACAUAGCACACUUGUGUUUGUGAUAUGGAACUGAAUUACAAACAUGUGGUAAUGAAUCUUACUUCAAGUGUGCAUGUGGAAGAUUCAAAACUUACAGUUGGUGGAUGAACAUACUUAUUCGAAAGCACGGACAUGCUUUUAAAUGGAGUAGUUUUUCAUCUAACAUUGUUUUCAAUGCCAAAAAUAUUGAUUAAAAAAAUACGUACAACAUUUUUGGUUCAGACAAUGUGGACGCAUCCAACAUCCAAUUUACAAAACACUUGUACGCAGAGGUCAACCUACUUUUCACACGUCAAAUGUUCGUUUUCAGUUACAAUGUUAGCAUUAUUUCGUCGAACAAAAUGUCCUAUGACAUAAAGUGUUUUCAGUGUAAGAAGAAGCGGUCAUGCAAUGCCUUGCACCUUGACCUUCAAUGAAUGAGUUUGUCUAUUUUAAACAAAGUGUAAUACGUUAUGAAUUAUUGGGAUAUUUAUUUUAUGCUGUUGGACCUCGUUUGUUUCAUUAUUAUUUUGUCUGUAUAUAUAUGUUGUUUAUGUUUGUAUAUUGAGUAAAUAUAACUUAAAGCUGCACUCUCACAGAUUGACCUAUUUCACAACUUUUUGUCUCAAAAUCAGCUAAUUUUUUCAUCAAUGAUUUCAAUUCAGUCAUAUAAGAUAAAUUACAGUUAAAUAGAUCUCAAUUGUUGGAAAUAUGUCGAAAUUUUCCAUUUUCUUAAAGCGAUAGUAACGCUAUAAGCCAUAAAACAUCAAUUUUUGAACGUAAAUAUUAAAAACUGGGACCUGAGUUUUUAUCAGCAGUCUUAUACCACCGGUUUUCAGACAUUUAUGCACAAUUUGUCUCAUUCCAAGACAAGCAAAUAAAAACUUUUCAAAACGUUCACUCUGUGAGAGUGCAGCUUAAACAAAUAAUAGUAGAACCGGGGAAUAUAAAACGAUAUCUUAUAAAUAAAUGAGUUUUAAUCAAGGAAAGUAAAAACAUUUAUGUCAUCGGGGGCAGAAUAAAUUAACUAAUAAACAUGUCUUCUGUUUGAUUAAUUCUAAUUAUAUAUUAAUUUUGAAUUGCAAUUGCCUUUGUAUGACUUUGCAUCAUUAUAUCAUCAACUAAUUACUAUAUAUUACAGCAGGUAUGAGCAUACAGUAUUUAUUAUUUGGCAUUUAUUUGGUCCUUCACAAAUCUAAUUAUUCUAGUGAAAAAAUAACAACGUAUUGAUAGAAAGUUCAAACUUCACUUUUGUUAGGUUCAUUGGAAUUUUGGGAUUAUAUUUAUUGAUCAUAAUAGUAAUAAUUAUGGCAAUAAUCUUUUUUAAAUAGUUUUAUCAAUAGUUUAAAAUUUAUUAAAAAUGUAAAACAAAAGCAGAAAUUCAUAUUGAUAUUUCAAAACAAACUAAUAGUUAAUGUCGAAUUGUCGCUCUAUUCCUACUGUCGAUGUUGAUAUGUUCUGAAUUGCUUAAACUGAAAUAUGUGUGAAUAUAAGGAUUAACAACAAUAAAACCAAUUAAAGGAC